AUGAGUGAGGAAAGCAAAGAUUUUGAAAGGAUUGAUGAUUUGGAGACUCUGCUAAUAAAUGAGUGUGAAGAAGUAUUGAAGAAUCCACUCGAAAAGAUACCGGCGAUUCAAUGUAUGAAAAAUCUGACAACGAUCCGUGAAACAUUCGACGGGAAUACUCGUUUACCAUAUUAUGCGCAAGGUGUCAUUUUUUCGAAGAAAGUCAGAUUGAUGGAAGAUUUAAUUGAAAUGGAAAAGACAUACAAAUACCUUAAAAUAUGGCUUCUGUUCGUCCUCAUCCCCAUUGUAUCCAUAACAGUUUAUUGCCUUAUUCACAUCAUCAUUGACCGCGCUAUCCCUGAAUGGUUUUAUUUAUUGACAAGUGGUCCGGUAACGUUCCUCAUUGGAUUCUUUGUCGUAAUGCCACUCAUUCUGUGUGACACUUCUGAAGAAGAAGAAGAUAUUUGUACAGCGGAGUUCAUAUUGUCUUCUUCUGAUGAUGAUGAGGAGAUCAAGAUAAGAAAGACUUUGAAUGAUUUGAUAGACUUUCAAAUCGAUGUGAUCGACACACUUUUUGAAAUAGAAGAUCUAAACCAGAAAGAAAGAAGAACACAGUUUAAAGAGUUUCUUUUGUUAAAAUUGUCCAACUUUGAGAGUGUGUCAUAG